AUUUGCUUUGUCAGGAAACUAGGAAUAGAUAUUCUGUUAUGUAGAAUAAUAUUUGCAUAGCAAUGAUUGUGAAAAGAGCAAAUAUGCUCACCUGGUGCUUAGUGUUAUUCAUGAUUUCUGGAGCUGUAAGUCUUGAAGCCUCAGAUUCGUGCAUUGAGGUGAAACUAUUUUAUGAAGGUAAGGGAUUUGGACAAAUUGUUCCCAACAAGGCAAUACCGACAAAGGAUGGCAGUAUUUGCGGAGGAAAUUACACAUGUUGUAAUUCUGCAAUGGAAGAUCGUCUCAGUGUUGAAAGUACUGUUGAGUUCAACAGGAAUGUUAGAGAAAAGACUGAAACAAUAACAAAUAUGCUGAAUGCCAAGCAUGAGCAAUUUGACAAGUUUUUUCAUGAAUUGAUUGGAUCGGCUAAAACUUCUCUCCAUGUUUUGUUCGAGGAAACAUACGGGGAUAUUUAUAUGGAAAAUUCAGAGGUUUUUGCGAAGUUUUUUGAUGAUUUAAAAUUAUAUUAUGAAGGAGGUGUUGUGGAUUUCACUGACAUCUUUGAUAGUUUCUUCAUCACACUCAUGCAACAAGUCUUCAAAUUAAUGAAUCCAAGUUUCGAUCUCAAUGAGAAUUAUAUGCAAUGCAUGGGAGAUAACCUCAAUGUGAUACGACCAUUUGCCGACCUUCCCCAAAAACUUUCCAAUCAGAUUCAGCGAUCAUUUAUUGCUGCUAGGACUUUUGUUCAAGCAUUAAAGACAGGUGAACGUGUUUCACAAAGUGUUUCAAAAAUUUAUCCCACUACACAUUGUGCAAAGUUAAUCACAAAAAUAAUGAGUUGUUCAAAAUGUAAUGGUUUGGUCACCGUUAAGCCUUGCAAGAAGGCUUGUUUAAAUAUUCUACAAGGUUGUUUGUGUAAUUAUGACAAGGAAUUCAACAUGGCCUGGAACAAGUAUCUUGAUACAUCGAUGACUGUUCUUGAUCGCUUGGUAGGUCCAUUUGAUAUUGAAUCGGUUCUCUCACCCAUCGAUGUAAAGAUUUCAGAAGCAGUAAUGAUGUUGCAAGAAAAUAAAAAGGUUAUUUCUGAAUCGGUUUUUCAACAAUGUGGUCAACCCCCAAGUUCAAAUAUGUCAUUUGACCUGUCUGGUUUAUCUAACAUGAAAUUCGGAAAUAUGCGGCUUGGUAUGGGAGCACCAGAAAAUAAUAUGAAUCCACUAAGUACUGGUGACUUUGACUUCACUGGUUUUUAUGGCAACAUGCAAACUAAUGCAGAUAGUGAUUCUAUUAACGGAGAUCCCAAAGUGGGAGAUGACAAUUUCGAUCUGAUGGGAUUAUCAAAUCUGAAGUUCGAUACUGACAUAGAUUCAAGCAUUUCACAGCCAAGAUCUGGCAAGCCUCGACGUGGAAAAAGAUCCACAGAAACUAAAGAGAGAAAGAAAAAUAAGAAAAGGAAAAGGUCGCGAAAACGCAGAAAGAAUAAGCGCCGUAAACAUCGAGUCAGGGAUAUAACUAUUUCAAAACAACGACAAGCGUAUGGAAAAUUCUUCCAAAAAAUGAACGAACCUAGUCGCUUGUCAAAUCUUGUCAAUGAAAUGAGGACUGCUCAGAAAAGUGCUGAAGAUUUCUGGAAAAAUUUACCAGCAACCAUAUGCGAAGAGAAUUCAGAGCUUGUUGCACAGCAUGAUUGUUGGGAUGGGGAUACUGUUUCAAGUGAAAACUUAGUAGAUGGUAAUGCCACUGCUCGACUAUGCAAUAGCGAGAUUUACGGAGAUUCUGCUAAAGUUCCUGACAUUGUUGUACGUCAGCAAAUCGUUAAUCUGAGAGAAGUCACGGCAAAAUUAUGGCACGCACAUCGGGGCAUCGAUCCAGCUUUUGUAGAUCUCGAGCUACCAACUGGGAAUGUUGGUCUUGAUAUGGCUGAUUAUUCAGGCGACGGAUCUGCUGAUGAAUCAAAUGGUAAUGAGAAACCCAAAAUUGAUGAGUCUGAAAAUGCUUCAACCCCAAAGAAAACAAAAAAUAAAAAGAUGAAGGAUCUUGAAGAACGUGAGAUCAAACUAAUAAGACAUGCACUUGGCAAAAAAAUAUCGUUACGAGCGACUCUGAAAGAUAUCAAAUCUCGUGUUAUGAAGCAUCCUCAGUUGCAACCAGAAACUCCAGAUUUUACAGAGGUAGAUCUGGGAAGUUUUGGAAAUUUGAAUAGAUCAGAGCAACAGAUUCUGUUGGAAAUUUUUGAAAUACCGCACGGUUCUAAAAAUACUGCUGUUUCAUCUACAGCCGGUAGAGCAACAGAUAAACCUGUCACUACGACAUCAGCAGCAUCCACUGUCACAAUUUCACUUACAGUAUUGUGUACCUUGUCUCAUUUCUUUUACAGAAUGGGUGAACAAACAAUUUAGUGUCUUUUUCUUUUAUGUUUUAUCUAUUCAUUUGAAUAGAACAUACAAGAAAAAGAGAUUAGUAGUACGGAAACUAUAUUAAAAAUAAAGCAAAACAUCGCCGAACAUAUUCCAAAUAUUACCAGAAACCAAAUCACUUCUCUCAUCUAUUUUUUGAAACCAAUGCUAUGGAGUUGAAAAAAUUCACAUCAGACUUCCGAUCUUUAAUUAUUCUUUUUGGAAUACAAAUAAGGCACAUGCAGGAGGAUGGACUUUAUUUUCCCUGGUAACUUGGAGUUGAAUGAGAUGACUUGAAGUUGAUCAUAAAGGGAUUUUGGGAUAUAUUUGAAUACUUUUAUUAUAUGUGCCAUGAACUUCUUCAAUAUUUCAUCAACUGCUUGAAGCAGUUUUAAUAUAUCAAUCUUACCCAAGACAUUGGUAUACUACCUUUGUAUUCUUAUUUCAUUUUUUUAAAAUCUUAGGGUCCAUCAUGUUCCUUAUUAAACGGCUUAUUAUUAAGCUAAACAUGUCAUUCAGUCUGGAAAUAAUUAUGAUGAUUUUUUUCAAAAACUUUUCCAUGUGCUAAUGGUACAAUGUUAUCUACCUAUAACCACACACUGAGAAAUCUAAUCAUGUGUGCAAGAUAUAACUACAUGCUGUAUAGUUUUAUUGUUUAUCGAAUUGAAAUAAUCAUUCAUUACAAUGACUUUGUAGAUAUCUUUUUCAUAUGCCACAGUAUUUUAAAUAAUAAUCAAUGAGAUAUGGUACAUUUUUAUUUCUUUCUGUAAUUUUUAUUCCUUUUCUCAUUUUCCUCGUUUUGAAAUUCAUUUUAUGAACAAGCAAAUCAUGUGCUAUUAGUUGAAAAAAUUUUGUAAUUGAUAGAAAGUUGAUUGUGUUUCAUUUUGAAGCCUGGUUAGCUUAAGCCUUUGGUGGACUAUAAUAUUUACUGCUGAGUUAUUUUAUGCACCCGAAGGUUGUUUUUUGAAUCAAACCAUUGUUAAUUUAUACUCACACAUUAUUCAUGUCAAUACAGUUGACAGUUAUGAGAUGCUAACCUCAGGUUUUUUUGAUGUGACUUAAUUUGGGUGUCAUUAUCCUAAAACGUUGAUAUGAAAUUUGCUUUGCAAUUCGUUUGGAAUAUUCUGAAUUGUUGUAUUUUGCAUACAUAGGAUGAUAAAUAUUAAAUUUUGCGCCAUAAAAUUGAUGUUAAGAUUUGAUUACAGGAACAAUAAUACUCUUUCAAGUAGCAUUAAUUUCAGAUGAUUUUUUUUCAUCGCUCACUUUUUGGAUAUUCCUAUUAUUAUACACAGUCAAUGUUUUAAGAUAGUAAAUAUCAUUGUUUACAUUCAUCCAAAUAUGGAAAUUUCAUUAUGGAUUUGGUAUUUAUACUUUUUAGUGUUUUUUGAAUAACAUGGCCACAAAAAUUGUUUAUACCAAAAUUUCGGCCAUGUGUAACCUGCUUUUACUUGCCUGUUGUGCAACAAUGAUAUUGUGGUAUUUGGCGAUACUUCCCACUUCAGAAAUCACAAAGAAAUUUAAGCUCUAUCAACCAUGGGUUAUGACUGAAUAAUUUUCAGAAGGGAUUCAGUUGAAGAACAUGCUUAGUUGAGCAUAGCAACUUCCCGCUAUGUUUUCUUUUAAAAUAACAAGGUGCAGACCAUGUCGUGUUCUAAGAGCUAAUGGAAGUCUACUUUUAAUUAAAAUUUGGAUAUCUUGACUUUAUCCUGAACAAAGGAGACUACUCAGAAAGUUUUCCUGUUUGCUUACAGUGGUUUUUUGCAGGAUUGCAUCAUAUGCCAAUGGCUUAUUCAGUAAGGAAAUAAGCAAUUCGAAUUUUAAUAAUUCAACGACCAUGUAUUUUAAGUCAGUUUAUUUGAAAUUUCCCAAUUUUACAUGAUAUGUUAAAAAAAAAUCUGUGGAAAUUCUUGCAUUUUCAGAAAGCCCCCAUGGUAUUCUGUGAUGUGUAAGCCAAUUUAUGUCAAUUUUAUAUUCUUAGUUGCUAUACAUUUAUUUAGUCACGCAUUAUCAACCAGAAUGAGAAAAUAAACAGUCAUAAAGACAUUUUUCAUACACAUGAAAUAAAUAAUAUGAGUGUAAAAAUUAUUCAGCAUUGUUCUUUCAAAAAUUAAAAUUGUUUCAGAGAUGGUAGUCGUACAGAUUUUUUCCUAUUUGAUUUAAAGUGUGUCAAUCGAAUUAUUUCAUUAUUUCCACUGAACAAUUUUUCUUUAUUUUGGUCUUCAAUUAGAAUUGGAUUUAUUUGUUGUGAUGCAAUACAUUUUAAGGGCUAAUGAAACUGUUUUCUAUACAACGUUUGUAUUGUAUUUUAAUCCCAUUACCAAUGGAGUAUUUAUUGGUGCUAUUCUUGUCAUCCCUUACUUCACUCAAUUAGUAAUUAUUGUCUAGUCUCUGGCUAACUUCAGCUUGACCGUCAAAAUUAAGCUCUAAAACUGAUACCAGUAAGACAUUGAUAAAAGGAUGUUUUCAAAUUUCAAUAUUAACUGUAUUUUUCUACACCUCAUGCCUUGUCACAAUGUCUGCCUAUUAGUAUUUUUAUUCUGUUCUCUUAUUAUGAACAUAUCUAUUGUGUUAUUUUGCUUUGUGUGAUUUCUUAAGCAUUAUUCUCUAAACGCAUGCAGCAUACCGAUCUUGUAUAUGGUUCACUGUAUGUAAAAUACGAAAGAUUUCAUCUUCUCAAUAACUUUUGAUACCUGAGUUAAAAACUUUCCAUUCUAGAGUAAAUAUCGCAUUGCCUAUUUACCUAAAUUGGUAGCAAUUUUGAACUUCAUAUAUCAACUUUCUCCACAAAUAAUGGUGCUGUAAUUUUUUUUAUUUCAAUUUUAGUGCCUUUCAUAUAUUCUCUGUGUAUUAUACUAAUGUAUUAUGUUUUCACUAAUAAUUAUUUCCUAUUAAUAUAGAUUUGUUGUACUAAUCCUAUUUUUUGCCGUUGCUUGUUCUUUUCUACCUGUUUUAUAAUUGAUUCAAGUGUACUCCAGGCUACGCUUUUAUUGAAUUUUUGAACCUCAAUUUUUGUACCCUUUUCAUGUAUAUCUAUCUAUCUUUUGUAUAUCAUUUAAUUCAACAGCGUAUAUUGCAAGAAAAAUACCACAAGCGCCAUUUUGAGUUAAACAACUCACUCCAAAUAUGUUUUUAGGUCUGAGAUGGCUAGUUGUCAAAACUUAGCAAAAUUCGAAUGAAGUUGAAGUAGCUAGUUGUAUUUUUGUUGUAAUAUAUAUAUAUAGCCUGGUUGCCAAAAUAAAUGAACAUAAAAUUCUGAA